GCCUGGCCCUAAGCAUCUUCUCGCUCUCAAGUUCACGCUCGAAUCGACUAAUACUAAUCGACUUGACGCUGUAAUCGCUUCUCUGAGCUUGAAUUGACAAGGACACAAGUUGGUAGGUGCGCUAUUGAACCUGAUUGCUAUUUGCAUCUAUUGGCAUCGAAGGCGGCCAACAGACGCCAGGUGCUCGAAGAAUGGGGGCGGAGGCGAACAGAGCAGAGCAGAACCCGACUGCUACGGAGUCAGAAAACGUGGAGGAGUUGCUUGAGGCUGCCAGAUAUAAUGAUAUUGAUGACGUAAUAAGGUUGGCUGCUGUUGGGGUUUCUCUUGAUUCCAAAGAUGCAGAAGGGCGAACAGCACUUCAUAUGGCUUCAGCAAAUGGAAAUGUUGACAUUGUGAACUAUCUUAUCAGCAAUAAAGUGGAUGUCAAUGCUUCUAAUGUGGAGAAUAACACACCUCUUCAUUGGGCCUGCCUCAAUGGUCGCAUCGAGGUUGUUAAGAUACUGAUUCUAGCCGGAGCAGACGUAUCAAGUCUAAACCGACAUGAACGGACUCCUGUGGAUGAAGCUGCAAUUGGUGGAAAGAUGGAUGUUAUCGAUGCCAUCAACACAACCGUAGCACAAGUUGAACUCACAAGAGCUAGCGUUUAAGAACAACAAAUGCAUAGUCUCGAUCUCUUGGGUAAACAUCUAGUUACGCUUGACGUAUUUUGGAUCCGGCUUGUGUAACCAAAAUUUGUUUUCUAGCUUCGUUUCUAUAUCAUUUUGGUAACUUUGGGUGUC